GGGGCGGGGGCAAGGCUGGGGGCGAGGCUGGGGGCGAGGCUUUGGCUGGGCCUCCGGGUUGGGAGCUUCGUCAAUCGUGGGGCAGCAGGGCUGUGAAAGACAGCAGCAGGAGCCAAUCAGCGAAUCGGCGCCCUCUCCGCACGAGCUCCUGCGCCACUGGGUCGCGGCCGUUACUGGUGGCGCGCGCGCGGGGACUCAAAGUCAUGGAGGACACCCAGGCUAUUAACUGGGAGGUUGAAGAAGAGGAGGAGACAGAGAGAUCCAGUGAAUCCUUGGGGUGUAGCUUGGAGCCCGUAGGGCGAUUGCAUAUCUUCAGUAGUGCCCAUGGACCAGAAAAAGAUUUCCCCCUGUACCUCGGGAAGAAUAUGGUGGGCCGAAUGCCUGAUUGCUCUGUGACCCUGCCCUUUUCAUCCAUCUCCAAACAACAUGCAGUGAUUGAAAUCUUGGCCUGGGACAAGGCACCUGUCCUCCAAGAUUGUGGCAGCCUCAAUGGUACUCAAGUCCUAAGGCCUCCUAAGGUCCUAAGCCCAGGGGUGAGUCAUCGGCUGAGGGACCAGGAGUUGAUUCUCUUUGCUGACUUGCCCUGCCAGUACCAUCGCCUGAAUGUCCCCCUGCCCUUUGUUUCUCGGGGCCCUUUAACUGUAGAAGAGACACCCAGGGUACAGGGAGGAACUCAACCCCAGAGGCUCCUGUUGGCUGAGGACUCGGAGGAGGAAGUAGAUUCUCCUUCUGAAAGGUGUGUGAAGAAAGAACUAAGGACCUCCCCUUUGGCAGCAGUAGUUCCAGAGAGUGAUGAAGAGGGGCCUUCUCCUGCCCCAGAUGGCCCUGGGCCACCAUUUGCCUUCAACCUGGACAGCGACACAGAUGAGGAAGAAAGUCAGCAUCCAGCAGCAGGAGAGGCCUCCUUAGCUGCCAGAAGAGGCCCCACCGCAGAGACACAACAGCCUAAAGCUGUGGCAACUGAAAUCCAGCUUGAAAAGGAUCAGUGUUCAGUGAAAGAGAGGAACAAUGACACAAAAGUUGAGGCAGAUGCAAGGAAUGGGGUGGUCCCACUUGGGGCCACUCUGGAGAAAAACCAAACUGCUGGGGAGGACAGUGACACGGAUGUGGAUGAAAGCAGGCCUGCUGAGGUCCAUUUGGAAAGGGCCCAGACUUCUGGCUUCAUAGACAGUGAUACUGAUGUGGAAGAAGAAGGGAUCCCCGCAACCCCAGCUGUAGUUCCUAUGAAAAAGAGGCAAAUCUUCCAUGGAGAUAGUACAAAGAGUCCUCAGGCACCUGCUUUGGUACAUCUACAGGAGAGCCCAGCUGGUAGUGAUACAGAUGUGGAGGAACGGGAGCUCCAACUGGCAGUCCCUCCGGAGAGAAACGAAGCCUCCGUGGUGAUUGACAGCAAUACAGACAAUGAGGAAGAAGUCUUAGCAGCGCUCACUUUGGCACGUCUGAAAGAGAGCCGAGUCGAUAUAUGGAACAGAGAUACAGAUGUGGAAGAGGGUAGGGCCCACCCUGUGGCCCUUCUGGAGCAAAGCCAAACUUCUGCUGGGAGAGACAGUGACACAGACGUGGAGGAGGAGGGGCUCCCGGUGGAAAAGAGAGGAACUGUUCCCAAGUGUCAUACAGACAAGGCACAUUCAGAAAAGAGGCAGUCUCCUCUCCAAGACAGUGAUUUAGGGGUGGAUGAAGAUAAGAGCUCACUUGCGGUCCACCUGGAGAGAAGCCAAGCCUCUGCCACAGUGGACAUCAACAAACAAGUGGAGGAGAAAGUCCUAUCAGGGCCAGCUGUUAUACUUGUGGAGAAGCAUCAGGUGCCUAUGGUGUGGACAAAUCAAACAGAUGUGGAAGUAGAAGGGGGCCAAGCAAAGCUGCCUGUGGUGCAUCUGGAGGAAGCCCAGCCUCCUCCACCUGGGGACUGUGAGAUAGAUGCAGAAGAGGGCACAUCCUUAGCAGCCUCAGUGGUGGCAGAUAGAGGAAAGUGCCAGCCUCUGGCAGAAGGGGAUACAGCUGUUCUUGAGCGGGAGAGGGCUCAUGAGGCGAGGGCCCAGGGUGAGUCCCUUGUGUCACAGAUGGAACAGGAUCUUCUCCCUGUCUCGAGGGAGAACCUUAUAGAUCUGGUGGUAGACACAGGUACUUCAGGGGAACCCAUCCAGCCACAGAGAGAGGGAGCCCAGACCCCCACAGAAAGGGAGAGAGAACCACAUGUGGACAAGACCGAGGACCCUGGGGACAACCAUGGGGAUUCUGAAGACCUGGACCUACAGGCUACCCAGUGCUUUGUGGAGAGAGAGAAUCAGAGCCCAGAAGCAGUCCAGAGCAUGGAGGAUGAAGCUACCCAGGCCUUCCUGGUUACUCUACCCCAGGAGCCUGGCCCUUCUUGUUGCAGUUUCCAGGCCUCAGGUAUAAGAAACUAUCCUUCAUGCCCCUAA